GGUCUUGGGUUGUCAGAGUGAAGCUGGGGGUAACAUGGCAGCUGUAUACAGAAACCGUGUGCAGGACGCUGUGUGCUGAGCAGCUUGUGUAAGAAUUCAGCUUCCUGUGAAAAUUGAUAUUAUUAAACAUCCCAAUGAAACAGAUGGCAAAAGUACUGCUGCCCAUGCAAAACUGUUGGCACAUGAAGAUGUGACUAUGUAUACAUACCCAUCUAUUCCAGACUAUGACAAACAGAUUCAUGAAGUUGUACUGGUAUUUCCUGGUCCAAGCGCAGUCUCCCUUAAAGAUGGGCUUAAGUAUCUGAUUCAAUAUAAUCAGAACAAGGAUUUAUUUGAACCAAAUAUUAAACGUCCAAAAUUAGAUACAGACACAGGUGACACAGAAGAUAAAAAUAUGAAGAAUGCUGGAGUUGUAUUCAUUGACAGCACAUGGAAUCAGACAAACAAAAUAAUAUCAGAUGAGCGGCUUCAAGGGUUGGUGAGUGUUGAAUUAACAGAACGAAAAACAUCCUUUUGGCGGCAUCAGAAGGGAUCACCUGACACCUACCUUUCAACAAUAGAAGCUAUUUACUACUUUAUGAUAGACUUUCACACACAAAUCCAAGAAAAGGACUACAAUGGGGAAUAUGACAAUCUCCUCUUCUUUUUCUCUUUUAUGUUUAAACUCGUCAGAGAUGCCAAGCAGGCUGCUGGAAAGUUGUAACACAUGUUUUAUAGGCAAGUUAUUUAAGACUUGAAGAGGUCAUAUCGUGACCAAUUUAAAUAUAGAAGUAUUGUAUUCAUAUUCUGUCCCCAACUUAGUUUAAAAGAGGUGUGGAAAAUUGGAGUGAAAACCAGAAUUACUGAGAUAAAUCCUGAUUUUUCUAUGAACAAUAAAACCAUGCUUUUCACUA